CUCAGAGUUCUCAUGGUGCGGCCUCCGAACGGCGCUCAGGGCGCUGCUGAGCCCGCCGGUGCCGGGCAAGGGGCGCGGAGCGAGGUGGGCCAGACGCCGGGCGACGACGAAGAUGUUGGGCUGUCGUGCCAGGCUCAGGACUUGGAAGCCGCGGACGCUGCCGGGCCAGGCGCACUCUUGUGGUGCCGCUGCCUCCGCGGAAGGCUCCCCUGGAGAGGCGGGACGCCCGGAACUGAAAAAAGUACCUGUGCUGGGCUUGGCCUCUGCUAUGCCCUGUUGUCUGCUUUCCUCUUCUCGGUGGUUUCUUUAUUUCUGAAAAUGAUUGAAGAUGUGCAUUCAGUAGAAGCCAGUGCCUUUAGAUGUGUUUUCCAAAUAACAUUUCUUCUUCCUGGCUUAAUAUACUGCAAGACAGGAUUUCUGGGACCAAAAGGGAAACGAGUUUUUCUUUUCUUCCGUGGAUUGCUUGGCUCUAGUGCAAUGAUUCUUCUCUAUUAUGCUUUCCAAGUAAUGCCUCUUGCUGAUGCCACGGUCAUUACUUUCAGCAGUCCAGUUUUCACAUCGCUGUUGGCUUGGAUAUUUCUGAAGGAGAAAUACAGUCCUUGGGAUCUUCUGUUCACCCUGUUCACAGUCACUGGAGUGGUGCUAAUUGCAAGGCCACCUUUUUUGUUUGGAUCCAAAGUAGCAGGAACUGAAGGAAUCUACACAGAUCAUCUUAAAGGGACGAUAGCUGCUGUAACAAGCGCAAUAUUUGCGGCUUCAACUUUAGUUAUACUAAGAAAGGUGGGGAAAUCUGUGCACUACUUUUUAACCAUUUGGUAUUAUGCUAUAAUUGGAUUAAUAAUAUGCAUAAUAACCCUUUUUGCACUAGAUUCAUGGAGUAUACCUUAUUGUGGUAAAGAUAGAUUUCUCUUAAUUUUAAUUGGAGUGUUUGGGUUGGCUGGCCAAACAUUUCUUACAAAAGCAUUGCAAAUAGAGAAAGCAGGACCUGUUGCUAUAAUGAAAACAAUGGCUGUUGUGUUUGCUUUUAUUUUUCAAAUUAUUUUCCUUAAUCAUUUGCCUACUUGGUGGACAGUAGGGGGUGCUCUUUGUGUAGUAGCUAGUAGCUCUGGAACUGUUAUUCGGAAAUGGAAACAAAGCUAAAAAAAAAAACCCAGUGAAAUCUGACCAGGCGGCUAUUGUUCCAUUGCUGAAAUAGAGCAAAUGUUACUUAUUUUAAAUAAUUCAUCUACUUAUCUGUGUCAUUUGAGCCUUUCCAAAAGCAGCUUUCCAUUUCCCCAGAAUGUCUAGUUCUUCUGUAUAUCAGCCUGGAUCCAAAGAACUGUGAGACUUGUUUUGUGCCCAAGGAAGCUUUGAACUUUCUAUUACUUUAUUUUUAUUCCUUUAAUAGGUCCCCAUGCCGUAUAGCUCUCUGAAAUUAAUGGAGUUUCAUAUGCUGUUUGUGAUUAUGGAAUAGGGAUCUUCUCUUCAAAGAAAGGGAAGUUUUAAAAAACAAUUCAACAGGCAUUUCUGUGGCAAUGGAUGUGCCUAAAGUAACUCUUUGGGUUCAAGCUAUAUUUCCUGUGUUCUACACUUUUGUCAUUUAUGUCAGUUCAUUCAUUACGUGGAAACUGGAAAACAGGAAAUCCAAGAAACCUGCAAAUCUUUCUCCAAUUCUCUUGUAAAUUGAAAUAGAGGUCUUUGAGCUGUGGAAUCAUUGGGGGUUCUUAUAUCUCAAUUGGCGCAGGAUCCAGAAAUCUCACAUCAAACUGUAAGUAGGAAAGGAAGCACUAAUGGCUUAAAAUUUCUGCUGAAUCAUGGCCUUCUAUCAGUUCAGUCCACCUCUGGCCCUCCUCUGAAGACAAGAAUGUCCCCAGUGCUGCGCCUGGGAGACAGAGGACCCCCAAGAACAGCAUAAGAAGGAGCCACCAUUCUACUGCAGGAGGGGAGAAUUAAUGAAAAUCCCCCCCUUCCAGCCAUGGAAAUCUUCCUCUGGAUCCAAUCCAGUGACUUGCAUUUUCUUUUCCAUUUCUAUAUGAUGGCACCCUCACUCAUUGACUGCUUUAGGCUACUAAUAAUACUCUAGUAGCGCACAAGGCACCUCCCUUACAAACCAUUAUUACCUCUACUUGCAUGUACAGGGCUGAAUCAUGCUCAGUUUAUCUUUUAAUCAAGCACUAUUUCCAGUUCUAAGUGUGCUCAGACUACCCAAGAUGAAGUGUGACAGGAUCAUACCAAGUAGCACUAUUGUAAAAUUCCAUUGUAAUACAGCUGCACAAGUUUUUAAGAUGUAAAGCAAGGUGUCAUUUUAUGUUGUAGAAUCAAACAUUGUAAAACAAAGGUUCACUUCAACAAAACAAUGAAACUCCAAUCCUCAAUAUUUUACAUUUGCUAUUCCAGAAAUGUCAUGUUGAGGUUUUUUUGGGGAAAUGAGACACUAAAGAAUUAUUUAUUUUUAAACUUAAUGUUUGCUAAUUGUUCUAAUGACAUAAUUCAUUUUUAUAUUUUGAUAAAGCAAUUUUUAUAAUGUAUUUGUAGUAACAUAAGUGUUUCUUAUGAAGAGUUCUACUUAUUUUGCUGUUGUGCCUGCUUAAAGGCAGGAAAAGCCAUACUGGACUUGCAGAUUGUAACAUUCAAAUGAAUUGAUGGGGCAUUGUUUGUUUUUAUAUGCCUUGUUCUUUUCAACAGAUCAUAUUGUAGAUGCACCCUUGCUCAGUGCUGUGCAAAAUGUUUUAAAUGGUUCAUUAUUUAGCUGUGCAAUUAAAACAAUCACUCACUUCUUGGUUGUGGCAGAAAUUUGGAUUUAAGAACAAGAUUAGUCUUAAGCUUGAAAGUGCUAAGGACAGGAUGCACCAGAAAUGUCUCCAUUCUAAUGUUACAAAACAUUGAUAGAACAAUUUUGCCACCAUUGUAUAUAAAUAUAGCAAGGUACACUAGAAUAACUAGUGUAUUUAUU